CAGACGUGUGUGGAGUGUAAUUACAUACGAUCGAUCGAAAUUAAUAUGAACAUUUAAAAUAGUGUGUAAAAACGAACAAAAUGUCGCGUAUAGAGAACGGUGUUGAAUUGAAAGAUAGAAAUGGUGAAAAUGGAAAAAAUGGUGCGAGUCCACAACAAACUGAACCUAAAACGGUAACACAACAAAUUAAAAGACUAUUUAAAGGUAUCACUGUAGAGCCCUUUCUUCUAUGCUAUAUUUUACCAUUAGCGCUUUCUUCUGCGACCGUGCAGAAGUUUAACAUGGAGAAAGCCUGUCGUGUAGAUCUUGGUUAUUCAGAAGAUAUUUGCAAUAAAGCGAUAGGGGGAGAAUCUGACGACAAUAUCACAGCAAAUGCCCUGACAGAAACCCAAGUGCUGGUGGCAGAUAUGACGGCAUGGCAGUCACCGCUACAGAGUUCCGUACCGGCUAUUAUGAUUCUAUUCAUUGGAGCUUGGAGUGACAGGACUGGAAACCGGAAGACUCUGAUGUUAAUGCCUGUUAUUGGGGAGAUAAUUUCUGCUAUAGGAUUACUGUUUGCGAGAUAUUUCUUCUUGGAAUGGCCACUGUGGGCGACUGCAGUAAUUGAGGCAUUACCAACUGCUUUAUCGGGCGGAUUAUCUGUAGCCCUAAUGGGUGCUUAUAGUUACGUUGCUGAUGUAACCACUGUUGAGGAGAGGACUUUCAGAAUAGGUAUUGUGGGGAUCAUAGUGACCCUUGGAAUUCCCUUAGGUACCUCAAUAAGUGGUAUUCUGGAGGAAACUGUUGGAUAUUACGGGAUUUUCGGCAUCAACGCCGGCUUGUAUAUUCUCGGGUUUAUACACACUUUCUUCACAGUACGUGACGUUAGAAGAGUGUCAACGGAAGGAACGUUUCUACAAAAAUUGAAAAUGUUCUUCAAUCCUUUAAAUGCUUGGGCUUCGUUGUCCCUAUUGGUAUUGUCACCAAGGAAGCAAUUGAUUAAUAUAUGGUUAAUUGUUUUGGCACAUAUUAUUGUGAUUGGUCCUGUAUCCGGCGAAGGAUCAGUCCAGUUCUUGUACGUACUACAAAAGUAUGGCAUGGAUGUCGUGGAUUACACCGUGUUUGUUACAUGUUCCAUCCUCGUAGGAAUUGCAGGUGGUGCAAUUUGUGUAACUUUAUUCAGUAAAUAUCUGCAAAUGCAUGACAGCUUACUUGGUAUCAUCGCAUCCACGAGUAAAGUAACAUCUAGUUUUAUUUAUGGUUGGGCUCCAACGAAUUUCUGGUUCUACUCCGGACCCAUUUUCGAUCUUUUUGGAACUUCGGGAACUCCAGUAGUAAGAUCCCUUGGUACUAAAGUAGUGAAGCCGGAAGAAAUUGGAAAAAUGGCAUCAGUUAUUGGUUUUGUCGAAGCGAUUGCACCGGCUAUAUACACACCAAUGUAUACUCAAAUUUACACGAUGUAUAUAGACACCGUACCAGGAAUGUUUUACAUAGUUGGCGGUAUCAUGACUAUCCCAACGAUCAUUAUUUAUAUCCACAUCUAUAUCAUGUACCGACAUCAGAAACGAGAUGAAGUCAAAAAUCCAGAGCGGAAGGAGCAGUAUGCACAUGAAAACGCCAUCACUGUUUUGUAGAGUAAUCUAGUUUAUACAAAGAUAACGUCACAGUGUUGUACUGACUUGUGACGUCACAGAAUCAGGGCUGCCACAGAGGAGAAUGAAGUAAAGUGGUCC